AAAUCAUGCGGGCCCCGACUAGGGCAUCUGGAGGAGGGAAAUAAAGCUUAAAUAGGAGUCCUGGGGGAGAGAGAGGAGAGAGAGAUAGAGAGAGCAGAGGCGCGACGAGACGGCGGAGGAAAGUGAGGAAUCUGCCUGGGGUUUCUUUUCCUCCUUCAGGCGCACCGGAAUCUGAAUCCAAACCUGUAACGAUGGGCGCCGGCGGCAGGAUGUCGAUACCCACUCCGGCAACGGCGAAACAGGGCGUCGUGCAGCGCGUCCCCAGCGCCAAACCCCCGUUCACCCUCAGCCAGAUAAAGAAGGCGAUCCCUCCGCACUGUUUCAAGCGCUCCGUCCUCCGCUCCUUCUCCUACGUCGUCUCCGACCUCACCAUCUCCAUUAUCCUCUACCACCUGGCCACCACCUUCAUCCCCCUCCUCCCGGUCCUUCUCCGCUACGUCGCAUGGCCCACCUACUGGGCCAUGCAAGGCUGCGUACUGACCGGCGUCUGGGUCAUCGCCCACGAGUGCGGCCACCACGCCUUCAGCGACUACUCGUGGCUCGAUGACACUGUCGGUCUCAUCCUCCACUCCUUCCUUCUCGUCCCCUACUUCUCCUGGAAGUACAGCCACCGACGUCACCACUCUAACACUGGCAGCCUUGAGCGUGAUGAGGUGUUCGUCCCCAAGCCCAAAUCGGAGAUGCCGUGGUUCUCCAAGUACCUUACCAACCCUCCUGGCCGUUUCCUCACCCUCGCUGUCUCCCUCACCGCCGGCUGGCCGCUUUACCUCGCCUUCAAUGUUUCAGGCAGGAAGUAUGAACGCUUCGCCUGCCACUACGAUCCCUACGGCCCCAUCUAUGGCGACCGCGAGCGGCUCCAGAUACUCAUCUCUGACAUUGGUGUCCUCGCUGUUGUCUACGCACUCUUCCGCAUCGUCUCAGCCUACGGUCUUGGGUGGGUCGUGUGUGUCUAUGGUGUCCCGCUGCUGAUCGUGAAUGGGUUCCUGGUGCUGAUCACGUAUCUGCAGCACACGCACCCAGCUCUGCCCCACUACGACUCGUCGGAGUGGGACUGGUUGAGGGGCGCGCUGGCGACGGCGGAUAGGGACUAUGGGAUUCUGAACAAGGUGUUCCACAACAUCACGGACACGCAUGUGGCCCACCAUCUCUUCUCGACGAUGCCACAUUACCAUGCGAUGGAGGCGACGAAGGCGAUCAGGCCGAUACUCGGGGAGUAUUACCAGUUCGAAGGGAUGCCCAUCUACAAGGCGAUGUGGAGGGAAGCCAAGGAGUGUCUUUACGUGGAACCGGAUGAGGAUUCUCAGGAUAAGGGGGUGUUCUGGUACCGCAAUAAGUUCUAAGGCUGUCUUUCUCAGUUUUGGACGGUGAUGAUGACGACCACGGUGAUGAAUGGUGAUGAUCGUGUAAGGCCCAUCAUCAUGUAAGGUAUGUAGGGUCUAGCUAUUAGUGAACGUUUGUGCCUGGGAAUAAGCCUAAUGCGGAAGGAGUAAGAUUUUGAUGGUUAUAUCUUAGUAGUCUGUGUUUGUGCUUUAAGCCUA